AGUAGAUGAUUGAGAAGUUGCUUGGAGAGUCCCGGCUGCCAGUCUCACGUCACACUCGAGGAUAGCUUUCUUUUUGAUUUUGUUUCUCUUCACUUGCAUUUCACACUCGUUGGAUUUGGUGUUGUGAGAACUAAAUAUGUUUUGAUACUUUUCUUGUGGACUUUGUAUCUACGAUGUUUUGUGGACUUUGCAUUUGUGAGUUUUCUUCUCAUUAUUCCGCUGUGUUUUGUUCCAGCCGAGUAGGCUGUAGAAUAUUAAAUUGCAUGGUUGUGUUUAUAUCCAGCCGUGUGGGCUGAUGAAUAUGUUAUAUGUUGUUUAUGUAUGUAUAUUGCUUCAUAUUGUCACCAGUACAGGGGAGGUGCUGUCGAAAUUUUGUCGAUAGGGACUCCUCUGGGGGCGUGACACUAUACAUGUGAAGCCCGCAUCUAAUAACUCAAACUUAAUAAACACGAGUUAGAUCACUUGAUGAGUUUGGUUCUUUUAAUGACAUAGGCAUGUAUAUCACAAAUCGCAUGUGAGCCGACCAAAAGGGAUCAAAUCCAACACUAGUAUGAAUAAUGGAUCAAUAAUUAUUCAAUUGGUAUUUCAACCUUCUGAUACUCAUUUGACUUUGAUUGAUUCUUGAAUCUUUGACAUUAGAUAUGGGGUGAACAUUCUUAACUCAUUUCUUUGGUUGUUAUACAUUUGGUUGAGAUUACAUUCCUAGCCAAGAACCAAUAUGACUGAAAUCCUUAAACAAGGUAUUCUAGGUGAUCAAAAUAGAUAAUAGGGGAAGUUGAAAUUCGGAUGGAAUAUGCAAUUUUGAGCAUUUUGAUUAACCCUGAUUUGGUAUUCCAUCGAUAAUGUUUGGGCUUAAACCUCAUUUAGGUACUCCAGAAAUAAUUAAUGUCUUUUGUACCUUGGUUUCCUCAGUAAAGUUCACAGCUAGGCUUCAUGCAUACAAAUUCAAAUCGAGUGUUUAUGUUAUUUAGUUUUUUAUUGUCACUUUGCUUUCAUACUGUUUGGGAAUGCAUGAAGACACCUAUCUUUUAGUUUCAUGUGGUAGUAUUUAAAAAUGCUUAACACUAAGAAAUUGCAUUUCGAUGAGUUUAUAAGUAAGCCAGACUUUGACAUCUGCUUCACAUGAGAGUUUCUGAAUAUUAUACAAAAAAAUUAGGAGCCUACAACUAACCUUUUCAUUUUGUUACAACACUUGCCACAAAAUCAGUAUGGCUAAGCAAAUGCGAGACUAUGCUAUGGAAUCUAGGGAGGUAUAUGUGUGUGAACUGCAUUUGUUAUAGUGAAGAUAUAUGCCAGUACUUGUUGCUAAUCUCGUAAAUAGUGUUAAAAAUUAUUAAUGACAAAUUUACACUUAAUCUCUUAUUCUUACUGUUAUUGAUUUUAGUUUUUAAAUUAUCUUUGUUUUCUUCUUCUUCAAGGAACAUCUUAACUGUUUCAUCGUAAGGGUUUGGUCUAACAUGAUAACUAGUAUUCUGAUUGAAGCUGCUUUAUGCCAGCUGUGGCGAGUAUCUGAGUGGGAAUUUCAGUUCAGAUGUUUUGGAGGUCAAUUUCUAACAUCAAACAAUGGCGGGGGUCCACAGUUUCUGCUGCUGCAAAUUCACCAUCAGAGAAUGAACCAUUUUAUAUCGAAAAGAACAACACCAGGAUUCACAUCAGACUUUCAAAUGGAAACUACAUAAAGGUAACAGAAGAUAGAACUCUCAUGGCGAAUUAUCAAGGGGAACCAGGUUGGGAUAAUAAUGAGGCAACAUUUGAAAUGACUAUUGUUCACCAGUUGCUUGGAGAUUUCCAGCUUGCGAAUGGAUAUGGACAUGACAAAGCUGAAGAGAUCCUGAUUGUUAGUGACUUACUGUUGGAUAUAUCAUAUGCAUGGAUGCUUCUUAUCACUUGGGUCAAUCUUCUACCUGUUACAUGUGUUAGAAUUCCUGUUGGAUGGUGGAUUGCAUAUGAUCCUGACCCACCUGCUCCUUUUAUUGGAGGAUCCUUGGCAGCAUUGGAUAGUGCAUUUGCAUGGGCAGAGAUCCAUAGUCUAAAGUGCAUCAUUGAUCUCCAUGCUGCUCCUGGUUCAUAGAAUGGUUUUGAACAUAGUGCCAGUAGAGAUGGUUCAAUCAGUUGGCCAACACCAGACCAUGUCUCACAAACGCUAUAUGUCAUUGACUUCUAAGCAGCGAGGUAAAAGCUAUUCUAGUUGACAGAAUUAAGACAAUUAAAGUCCUUAUUACUUAUCUCCUUGUUAUGUCUUCUACUUGGACACUUCAUGUACCUUGUUUGUAUCCAAGUCGGACACUCAUGUUCAGACACCAAAAGUUCGAGUGGACACUCAAAAUCAUCAUUGAUCACAAGCAUUUUCGGAAAAAAUGUU